AUGAUAUCAUAACAACUCCAUAAAUAGCAACUCUAAUUUCAAUAGUAACAAAUCACUCCAACAAUGCACUUGAAGGGGAUCUUAUAGGAAUUGCCCAAAGAAACACUCUUCCAAAAAUACAUGAAAAGUAGACUCAAUAAGAAGUAGAAUCAGAAUCUAAAUAAAUCGCCUGAACUAUUACCUUUGUAGCCUAAAAAUAUUAUUAACCAAACCACUUAUAUCAUAAAAAAUAAAUAAUGCUCCCUGAAUAAAAAAGUCAAGAAAUAUCUCACAGAGGUUGAUAGCAUAAGUACAACAAAGGUAGUCUAGAGAAAGAAUCCAUUUAUCAAAAAAAAAAAGAGCGAAAAUUGGAAUGACCUUGAUGGCUGGAAUGUAAUUGAUGAAACAUUUUAUUAAUGA